AUGAAGGUAGAGGCAACAAGAGAGCAGGAGCAGAAUAUGGAGUCCAAGGACUGUGACACCGAGAGCGACACAUACACAGACUCAGGCGAUUCUUUGAUGGAUGAGGAGGAAGAGAAGGAAGCAGUCAAGAGACGAGAACAAAUAGGAAGACGGCGUGUCCUCUUGGGGGUAUCCCUGAAGGGCGGGGCGCGACCUGCGUGGCCGGCGGCUGGCUACAACAACGAGAGGGGAAUCCGGAAAAGACCAAUGGAUACAAGGCUAUUAGCAGAAGAAGCGUCCCUUAACGAGGAUACUUGCGUGCGUGGUAUCAAUCCGAUUGGGCCGAGGAAACCAGCAGAAGAUGUCUAUCCAGCGAGGAGGGAUCCGAAGCACCGGCGACAGCGGAACACCAGCAGGGGAGACGAGCACCUGCGUCUGGGCACCCCAUGUAGUCGUCCCGACUACGUCACCUACUGGUACCUCAGUGGCCUGGUGCCCUGUGUGCUUCGGGCUGAGGCGGCGUAUUUCCUGGGCUUCUGUCUGGUCAGGAGCAAUCAGUCAACAAGUGCAGAUGAUAACAGGUCUGCUAGGAUUUCACGUGUCCCCUCUAAAGGGCAGCUGGACCCCAACUUCCACGAGGAGAGGCUGAGGAGGCCGACCCCUGACAAGAGUGAGCUGGAUCAGUGGGUGAAGGAGCUGGAGAGAAAGGUGGCGAGGGACAGGAGGAGGGACGAGCUGCGGCGAAUAAGAGAGGCUGUGGACCGAAGGAGCCAAAAGAUGUGGGCAAGACAGUGGGAGUGGCAUAUGUGUCAGGUGGCACUGAAGAAAAAGCAGAAAGAGAAAAUGACAGAGCAGGAGAGACUGUUGAGAGCAAAGGAGGAAGAAAGAGGGAUGAGGGAAAUGGCAGAGAAAGUGAGAAAGAGAAUACUAAGAGAGACGCAGAAAACAGUAAAGGAAGAAGACAUGAAAAUGAGAGAGAUAAAAGAAAAAGCCAACGAGCAGACGAGAACCUUGGAAGAGCUGGAGAGAACAGCGAAGGACCAGGAAACAAAAAUGAGAGAAAUGGAAGAGAAAGUGAGUGAGCAGGAGGAGCAAAUGUUGAGAGAAGAAGUGAAGGAAGGAGAAAGAUGCAGAGAAGCAGAAGAACGAGUGGCAGAGCAGGAGAGAAUGAGAGAAAUGAAGGAAAAAGCGAUGGAGGAAGAAAGAAAAAUGAGGGACAUGGAAGAGAAAGCAAGAGAACGGGAGUCAAUUUUGAGAGAGGCAGAGCAAAAAGUGAAGGACAAAGAACAGAGAAAAGAGAUGGAAGAAGAAGUGCGAGAACAUGAGAGAAUGUUGAGAGAAAAAGUUAAGGAGACAGGAAGACAGACGAGCGAGAUGAUAGAGAAAGCGAGAGAGCAGGAGAGAAUUCAUCUAGAGAUGGAGAGACAACCAAAGGAGGAAGAGAGACAAAUGAAGGAGAUGGUAGAAGCAGCAAUAGAACGGAGGAGAAAACUGAGAGAGAUGAAGAAUAAAGCAGAGAAGGAAAGAGGAAUGAAGGCAGAGACAGCAAGAGAGCAGGAGCAGACUAUGGAGUCCGAGGACUGUGACACAAAGAGCAACACAUACACAGACUCAGACGAUUCUGUGAUGGAUGAGGAGGAAGACAAGGAAGCAGUCAAGAGACGAGAGCAAAUAGGUGAGAGGAGACAAGAAGAAGCAGCAAAGCCUAAAGAGAAGAUCUUAUUGGCGGUCCAAAGGGAAGAUCCUCUAUUAGCUUACGAGAAAAAGAGAGAGGAGCAAAUGGCAAAGGUGAGAGAGGAAAAGAGAAAGUUGAGAGAGGCAGAAGAAAAAGCAAGAGAGCAGGACAAAUUAAUAAAAGAGAUGAAGGCAAAGGCUGAAGAGCAGGAAGAAAUAAUAAGAAAAGAAAUGAAGGCAAAGGCUGAAGAAGAGGAAAGGAAAAGGAGAGAGAUGGAAGAGGAGCGAUUGAGAAAUGCGAGAAGGAGGCGGGGACCUAGGGAAGUGUUUGAGGAGUUCUAUUUUUCGCUCAUAGUAAAAUUUUUUGACCUUAAAAGGCGUUAUAAAUAA